AGAAACGUAAACGAACCGUGAUACUGGCGUUAACCAAGGCGGUGUUUUACGACAUUACUUGUUGAGAGCAAGGGCGUGUUGUUGAUUUUCAUUUCACAUGGAUAGAAUUUUGUCGGAAUUACUUUGUCUAAAAUCUGAUUUUAUACACAGGAUUCAGUUUAAUUAAAGGUUCUUAUUGAAUAGAAAAUUUACAAAAAAAUAACUGUUGAAACUUGACGUUUGUUAUUUCAUCAGGGAGUUGUUGUGUUUGCGUUAGAAAAAAAAAUGCUGUUAACUCUUUGGAAAUUAAGGCAUUGACAUAAGCUAUCUGAUAAGAAUACAACUUCUGAACAUUCCGGAGAAUGAUAUGUUUCUUACGCCUGCGUCGACGGAAAUAAGUACAGUUUCAUUAUCCUCGUGUGAAGGAUAAACAUCUGUUUUCUGUUUAUUUAAAAAACAACAACAACAAAAAAAAAACAUUCAUACUGUGAACAAAGAUAUUUAAUUUUAGUUGUUGGCAGUUAGGUUUUGCUCAAGUCUUUACACACAUUAUUAUUUACUUACAGACAAACAAAAUAUGAAUUCCAAGCAAAUAUUAGCGCUGGCGCUAUUAAGUUUGAUUUUCGAUAUAAUUUUCGGUCAUGGAGACCAUGGAGAUGCCGAGUCCCUCUUUCAGUGGACAACUAUUGACUAUAAUUGGCCAACAAAGGCAGCAAGGGAUACUGCUCUCAACUCACGCAAGUAUGUUCCACUUAAUAAUGCAAUUAACGGCAUUCGUGUAUACGAUAAUAAAAUAUUUGUAACGGUACCACGUUUCGGCGAUGGCGUACCUUCUACUCUGAAUACUCUAAUCAACGCCCAUCCACAGAAACGCUUUCUAUCAAGCAGAACUGUGCUUCAGCCUUAUCCCAGAUGGGAAAUGCAGCAAGAGGGAAACUGUACAGCAUUUCAAAAAGUUCAAAAUAUUGAAAUCGAUCCUAAACAGGGAAUUAUGUACGUGAUUGACACUGGCGGCCGUAUGUUUGGAUGCCCGGCAAAACUUAUAAUCUAUGACGUUAAACGGGAUGUAGAGCUCCAUCGCCACGUGUUCCCAGAUCAAGUUGUCUCAAGAGACACCAAUUACCUAAAUGACCUGGUCAUGGAUUAUGUACAUGGAAAAGUUGAGUACUUAUACAUCACGAAUACGCGUGAAUUCACAAUUGUCGUUUAUGAUAUUAAGGCGGACAAAUCAUACGCGUUCAAAGAUGCUUCAAUGAAACCUGAACCAGACAAAACAGACGUUAAAGUUCUGAAUGAUGUUGUCCAUGUAACAAAUGGUGUGAAUGGUAUCGCUAUAUCAGCAAAUUUUCAGUACGUCUAUUAUAGUCCUAUCGCUGGAACGGCAUUAUAUCAGAUCCCUACCAAGGUGUUACGAAAUGCAAGUGCAGACUUUGCGGCCCACGUCAGAAAAGUGGGAGACAAACCUUCUCAGGGAGACGGUAUGAUAAUGAGUACAAAAAACAGUCUUUAUUUCUCUGUUUUAGCCAAAAACGCUGUUGCCAUGUGGGAAUUACACAGAGAUAUUGCAAAAUACGGAUCUGAGGGAAAGGUAAUGAUGGACACAUUAACUUAUGAAGCAAACGAUCCAACGAUGGAAUGGGUAGACUCCCUUGCCCUUGAUUCAUUCGGAUAUCUUUGGUUCACAACAAGUCGUCUGCAAUUAUAUCUGAACAAACAGCUGACCAAUGACAGUAUCAAUUUCAGAAUAUGGCGCGCUUUUGUGCAUGAGCCGAGUUAUGCAUACUUUGACAUUAGGGCUCGGACUGGGUCAAAUCACAUCCAUUAUCAUAACUCUGGUUCGAAGGGUGAAAAGUAUACUUUCAUUUCUUUCGUUCUGUUUACAAUAUUAACAAUGAAAGUGUUAUGAUGCUCAUAAAAGCGAGUUACGUGAUAGGAGUUUGAAUGUGAUCUUUAAUGUGCUAACCUUGAAGUCCUUUGUAACAUACUUAAAUGCACCAUAUCUCUGUUGAUAAAUAGAAAAGAAGAAAAACGUUCCACACAAACUUUUUUUUACAUUAGUAGACUUUCGUGUGUUUAUGGAAUGAUAACGGAGGUAAAUUGAAUUUUAACGAAUUCACCGUAUUUCUGUACCUGCGGAUGUGAGGAGAAAGAGGUAUACCAUAAGAUAUAUAGUUUGAUUAAUACUAUAGUGAUACAUUAUAAACUUUUGGUGCAUCACGACGGAUGAAGAGUGUACAAAACAUCGUUCUGACGAUACUACCUUUUCUAUUUUUCCCUGUUAUUUAUCUAUGAAAUGAGCCAUGCCAUGGGAAAACCAACAUAGUGGGUAUGCGACCAGCAUGGAUCCAGACCAGCCUGCGCAUCCGCGCAGUCUGGUCAGGAUCCAUGCUGUUCGCUAAUAGUUUCUCCAAUUCCAAUAGGCUUUAAAAGCGAACAGCAUGGAGCCUGACCAGACUGCGCGGAUGCGCAGAGUGGCCUGGAUCCAUGCUGGUCGCAUACCCACUAUGUUGGUUUUCUCAUGGCACGGCUCAAAUGUCUUUUUUUCUCAUUGAUUAAUGCGAAAAAUACUUCUCAUAAAUCUGACGUAUUGUUUUAAUCACACGUUUAUGUUUUAUGAUUCACUGUUGAGUUUGUUUAAAUAUGCCAUACUCGGAAUAUUUGGAGCACCAUGACAUAUCCUGUGCAGGAUUUGAUGCAUUUUGAGAUAUAUCAAAUUAACCCAACCAUCUAUUAUGACUUUGGCUUUUAAGGAAAUUUUGGGUUGGCACAAUUCACGCAUGUGCUGAGGUCGCUUUUGUUUUUGUACAUUGCCUUAUCGCAAAUAGAUGCUUAUAACAUAGUACAUAAUUAAUCUCCACUAGCCGCCAUUUUGAGUGUCAUUUCUAACAUAAAUGUGAUAUAGACAAGAGAAGAAUUUCUCACAAAUAGAAGUUUUUUUCUUGUUGUGACUGUCAUUUUUAACAGAAAUGUGAUAUAGACAAGAGAACGGAGAUAAAUAUUACAGAAAUCAUGAAAUACUCACAGAAUUGAAUUCUGUUAGCAUACCUGUUUAGGAGAUAUUGUUUUAAUUAUAACUUUUCUUGUUUUAUUGUAUCAUUACUGAUUGUGCACAGUGGCCAUUUGUUUCUGUUUUCGAAACUACGCCCACAAAAAUCAUUUCGCUCCUUGCUCUGUUGUUCGCACCCGAUUUAACAUUCCUUUAAACAAAGUUUACAGAGGGUACAACAGUUAAUGCCGAUGCGUUGAAAAUGAUUUAAAUCGUUGAUAUUAACUAAAACUACUGUUCUUUUACUUGUUACUUUGGUAAAUUAUAUAGUGUACGAGUAUCGAACUAAUUCGUUCUUUCUUUUCUCUUUUCCUUCAUGUAAUUUGUCAUUUUAACCUAUUAAUACUCUUCAUUUUUCAUAAACAAAGAAUUAUCUAUAUUGCAUUUCAUUUCAGACUCAAACGAUCCUGACAAAAUAAACAUAUUCUGUCACUUUUGUAAAGAAAAAAAUACCGUCCGCAUAAAUUUUCAAAUUAAAAAAAAAAUAGCAUAGGAGUAGCCAUUUUAACCGUUAUGGUGUCAACAUGACACAUUUUAAAUAUUUGCCUGUGUAAUAUCGUUUCAAGUGGUCAAUGUGCUAAAAUAUAUUGGUUCUAAACUAUACAGUAACUUUUACCAAGUUGCCUUUAUUAAAUGUAAAUGCAAGUUUACCAUGAAAAUAGACUGGCUACCAUUUUUUGUAUCUUUUUAAUAUUUUAAAUAUUCAUAAAUUUUUAUUGACACCUCUUUCACUGCAUUUUCUUGUAUACCAGACGAGGAUUUCCGGUAUUUUCAUCGGUGCUGGAAAACUCCAUCUUUCACCCCGGGUUGCAAGAUGACUCUCGUGCUGUAAAUGACUAUGUAGUAAUCUAUAGUUUAUUUCAUAAAACGGAAUAAAAAUCCAAUACCUUGAUAGUUCCUCUUUGUUCCUUAUACAUUAUGUAGUAUAUUUUUCGAUUCAGAAAACGUAAAUUUAGUUAAAAUACAUAACGUUACGCUGCAAGUGAUAAAACAAAACCGGAACUAAACAUUGUUAUUUGUCUUUGAAAGGUCAUGACGUCUUUCCUGUUUACGGACGUUGAUUUUCCGCGCUUUGUUUAAUUACGCUGCUGCUGUGUAGGAAAAUAGUUCUAAAAAGAUAGUCGUUCGUUGGAUUUGAUUUUUACUAUUAUUUCUUGUUUUGGUAUGCAAAAAAAGAUUCUAUCACUGGCUGUAAGUGCAGACGGGAAUAUCAGGCUCUCGGGUAACUGUUUACGCGGUAACUCGGCUGAGCCUCGUUACCGCCUAAACAGUUACCCUCGAGUCAGAUAUUUCCAUCUGGCAUCUGCACAUACAACAAGUGAAAGAAUCUUAUCUAUCUACAUCUACUUUUCUAGCAUAAUUUUGUAAGGAUGGCAACUUUGUCAGGAAAUAGCUUUACAACUUUCGAAAUGCAUAUCAAAUUUGAUGUUUUGUCAAGACUCUUCGUCCUUGAACAAGGUGGAAUGGUGAUUCUUACAUGAACAAGGUAAAUGUAAACACCAGAUCUUAACCUUUACCCUGCUAUAAUUCUAAAAUGGACUGGUCCAUCAUUUAAUUUAGGCAGUUCCACUUUUUAUUCAAAGGAGUGUGCACUGAAAAUUUACUAACUGAAUAACGAACAAUGUACACCAUGAUCAGUCUGCACGGAUGGAUGUGCAGGCUGAUCUUGGUCUGCACUGGUCGCAUGCUGCCAGCAGGCAGAAGGUUAAUUCAUAACUUUGGCUAUCAAGGUUACUGUUGAACUUGCAGGUUUGGUCAGUUGUUAGCACUAUCUUAUCUGUUGAAUGUCAUUGUAAAUAUAUUUGUUAUUUUGAUAAUUCAAUAAAUUGACACUGUGCCAUUACAUU